CUCCACUCCCGGCGGCUGCGGGGGGCGAGGGCAACGGAACCACGGGCGGCGGUUCAGCGCAGCGCGGCAGCGGCGGGCGCGGAGCCCCCGCGCCAUGGGCGGGCGGCGCGGAGCGGCGGCGCGCAGACGGCCCCGCCGGGGGUAGCCGCCCGCGCCGCGCACCCACGGAGCCCGGCAUGAACUGAGGCGGGAGCGGAGGAUGGCGAGUGCCCACGGCCCACGGUGGCCCCUGCGCCCGGCCCCGGGCGGUAGCGGCGGGGGACUCCUCUUCGUGCUGCUCUGCGCCUCGGCCGGCCUGCCCCGGAGCGGCCAGCAAGUGCUGCGGAUCGGAGGGAUAUUUGAAACUGUGGAAAAUGAACCUGUUAAUAUUGAAGAACUGGCUUUCAAGUUUGCAGUCACCAACAUUAAUAGAAACAGAACACUGAUGCCUAAUACCACAUUAACCUAUGACAUCCAGAGAAUUAAUCUUUUUGAUAGUUUUGAAGCCUCGAGAAGAGCAUGCGACCAGCUUGCUCUUGGUGUAGCUGCUCUGUUUGGACCUUCUCACAGCUCCUCUGUCAGUGCAGUGCAGUCCAUUUGCAAUGCACUCGAAGUCCCACAUAUUCAGACCCGAUGGAAGCACCCGACAGUGGACAAUAAAGAUGCAUUUUACAUCAAUCUCUACCCAGACUAUGCAGCCAUCAGCAGGGCAGUUUUGGACCUUGUGCUAUACUACAACUGGAAAAUAGUAACAGUAGUAUAUGAAGACAGCACAGGUCUAAUUCGCCUGCAAGAGCUCAUCAAAGCCCCUUCUAGAUACAACAUUAAAAUCAAAAUCCGCCAACUGCCCUCUGGGAAUAAAGAUGCCAGGCCUUUACUCAAGGAGAUGAAGAAGGGCAAGGAGUUCUACGUGAUAUUUGAUUGCUCACAUGAAACAGCAGCAGAAAUCCUUAAGCAGAUUCUCUCCAUGGGAAUGAUGACUGAAUACUACCACUACUUUUUUACAACUCUGGAUCUAUUUGCAUUAGACCUGGAACCCUACAGAUACAGUGGAGUAAAUAUGACAGGAUUUCGCCUGCUCAACAUUGAGAACCCCCACGUUUCAUCGGUCAUUGAGAAAUGGUCAAUGGAGCGUCUGCAGGCACCACCAAAACCAGAGACUGGCCUCCUUGAUGGCAUGAUGACAACUGAAGCAGCUCUGAUGUACGAUGCUGUUUACAUGGUAGCAGUGGCCUCCCAGCGUGCCUCCCAAAUGACUGUCAGCUCCCUGCAGUGCCACAGACACAAGCCAUGGCGUUUUGGACCCAGAUUUAUGAAUCUGAUAAAAGAGGCACGGUGGGAUGGCCUGACAGGGCGCAUAACCUUCAACAAAACGGAUGGCUUACGGAAGGAUUUUGAUUUGGACAUUAUUAGCCUCAAGGAGGAAGGAACAGAAAAGAUUGGGGUUUGGAACUCAUACAGUGGCCUUAACAUGACAGACAGCAACAAGGACCGAUCAACCAACAUCACGGAUUCCUUGGCUAACCGGACACUUAUCGUCACCACCAUUUUGGAAGAUCCCUAUGUUAUGUACAAGAAGUCUGACAAGCCCUUGUAUGGAAAUGACAGAUUCGAGGGUUAUUGCCUGGACUUACUAAAAGAGCUGUCAAAUAUUUUAGGCUUCAUCUAUGAGGUCAAACUAGUUUCUGAUGGUAAAUAUGGAGCCCAGAAUGACAAAGGCGAGUGGAAUGGGAUGGUCAAAGAACUUAUAGAUCAUAAAGCUGAUUUGGCUGUUGCUCCUCUCACUAUUACCUAUGUAAGAGAGAAAGUAAUUGAUUUUUCCAAGCCCUUCAUGACACUGGGAAUCAGUAUCUUGUACCGGAAGCCCAAUGGGACAAACCCUGGAGUUUUCUCCUUUUUAAACCCUCUUUCUCCUGAUAUUUGGAUGUAUGUUCUCCUAGCCUGCCUUGGAGUCAGUUGUGUCCUCUUUGUCAUUGCAAGGUUUACACCAUAUGAAUGGUAUAACCCCCACCCGUGCAACCCAGACUCAGAUGUGGUGGAAAACAAUUUUACUUUACUAAAUAGUUUCUGGUUUGGAGUUGGAGCUCUCAUGCAGCAAGGAUCAGAGCUGAUGCCCAAAGCUCUUUCUACCAGAAUAGUUGGAGGAAUAUGGUGGUUUUUCACCUUAAUCAUAAUCUCAUCCUAUACUGCCAACCUGGCUGCCUUCUUGACUGUGGAGAGGAUGGAAUCCCCCAUUGAUUCAGCAGAUGAUUUGGCAAAGCAAACCAAGAUAGAGUACGGGGCUGUUAGAGACGGAUCCACAAUGACCUUCUUCAAGAAAUCCAAAAUAUCAACAUAUGAGAAGAUGUGGGCAUUCAUGAGCAGCAGGCAGCAGACAGCGCUGGUGAAGAACAAUGAUGAAGGAAUCCAGCGUGUGCUCACAACAGACUAUGCGCUGCUAAUGGAGUCGACCAGCAUAGAAUAUGUGACUCAGAGAAACUGCAAUCUCACCCAGAUUGGGGGGCUCAUUGAUUCGAAAGGCUACGGCGUGGGAACUCCUAUUGGGUCUCCUUACAGAGACAAGAUCACCAUCGCCAUCCUCCAGCUCCAGGAGGAGGGAAAGCUGCACAUGAUGAAGGAAAAGUGGUGGCGAGGCAAUGGCUGCCCUGAGGAGGACAGCAAAGAAGCCAGUGCUCUCGGGGUGGAGAAUAUUGGGGGCAUCUUCAUAGUGCUCGCUGCAGGGCUUGUUCUUUCGGUGUUUGUAGCCAUUGGUGAAUUUAUAUAUAAAUCAAGGAAAAACAGUGAUAUUGAGCAGGCCUUUUGUUUCUUUUAUGGACUACAGUGUAAGCAAACCCAUCCGUCCAACUCCACAUCUGGCACCACCUUAUCUACGGAGUUAGACUGUGGCAAGUUAAUCCGAGAGGAGCGAGGGAUUCGAACACAGCCCUCAAUUCACACUGUAUAGUCAGGAAAGAGAAAAGUUCCUCCUCAUCAAACAAGUUAAUGAUCUGUUCUAUUGAGGGGCUAUUUCUGCGCUCUACUGCAAUUAGAAAACUUGUUCAAGUGGAUGCCGUCACACUCAAUCGCCGAAGUGCUGUGGUGAAGCUCCGCUCCCCUCUGGAAUCGUUUCUUUUAUACCUGGCUCCUGAGAAAAGCCAGAGCAUACAGUGACAUGUGUUUUCCUUCUAUCCAUGUCACAAUUUUGGUCAGCACUAUUUAUGCUGGCAGCCGGCUUAAGUAUUCUUCGUGUCAAAGAUGUAUUGCUCAGAACUAUGCUGUACCACUUCUUCUCUGCCGGUGCUCAUUUGUGUACAUGAGUGUUUAUGCUCCACUCCAGACACUGCAGGAAAUUGUCUUGCUCAAAAUGGCAUUUUAACUUGUUUGAAUAGGGCCUUGAAAGCUUUGGUUCUUCAUAAAAUGAGCCUUCUUACCAGCAAAGACCUGAAUUACAUCUUGCAGUAUAUCUGAUUUAAGAAAGCACUUUUGUUUGCAGUUUCCCAGUAGAAGACUUAAAACUAAUUAAAUUCAGCUUCUCUCAACUCCCAGAGGAGAAAGAAAAUUCCUAACGUGUUUACCUCCAUCAUGCUCUAUGCAAGAAAUCCUCUGGGUUGUAGCUUCGACAAGUUUUCUAACUGCUUUUUAGAUGAAUGCAGAAUCCAGAAUUUUUCUGUCACUUUUUGGGUAAACAUCUUCAUAUCUGUCAAGGAAACAGUCACAUUGUUAGUAACAGUCAUUGCUUCCCCUUGACUAGCUCCCCACAGACUUUGUCUUGCCUGUGGGAAUUACAAAGCAGCUCCUCUUUUCCCUAUCAGAGCUUCAUGUCUAGCUACAAAAGAGUUAGUAAAAAGUCUUACUUGCUCCAUAGCAGCUAUGCCAGCAGCUGAGCAGGAUGACACCAGAGUGCUAACAAAUCUAUGCUUCUAAAGGCAUUUCUUGCAAGAUUUGCUGUGGUUCCAGGAAAAGGCAGGUGCCUUCAGGUUAACAGCAAGGCUUGAGGAAAGCACAGCCCAUAGCAUCUCCCAUGAAGUGCAUGGCACCUGGGAGGACUCCUGCAUAGACGUAACAAGCUUCAGGAAGAAGUGUUAAAGCAUUCAAAGAUUUUCCUCUUGUCAACACUCUAAGCUUCUAUGACCACUAUAUUUUGAAUUUUGGCCACAAAAAAACUCUGUUCACAAAUACAGAUGGUCACCAUUGCAUCUUCCUAACUUGCAGCCUUGCAACUGCAUCCAGGACCCAGUAAUAAAUCCAGAUCCUUUCUCAAGUGUGUGUCAACGUGGGGACCUUGCUGUGCAAUCAGCACAGAGACAACAACUCUGCCUGUGAUGGAUGAGCCACAACAGACUCAAUUAGCCCUAGUGCUGUGGUGCCAGUAAAGCAUAGCCAUUGCUAUUUGGGGAGAAAUGUGGCUAUAAACAUACACUUAUGUCCUUUUAUAUUAUUUUUUUGUUUUGCUGGUCCUGCAUUUUACUCAGAACUCCCAAAAUAAUCAAAUUAAUAAGUGUUUGCAAAAAAUGGCAUAUGAUGUGACACACAGAAGCCACCUACCAUUGAAAGCAAAGGGGCUGUGAAUAAACUAGUGCCAAGCCAUUGACAGGUUGGUUUGGCUGUGGUCAGUGUGCCUACCUUUACUUAGGGCAGUUCUUGCCCUCAUUAAACAGUCUGCAAACCAAUUAGGCAAAGGUGCCGGGGGAAUGAGGGAGAAAGGAUGAAACGAGAAGAAUGAGAGUAGCAAAGGCACUACGAUCACCAUUUCAGAGACCAAGGAGGCGGGUGGAUUAACAACACACCUGCACCACAGAACUAGACCAAGCACAGCAAUAAUGCCUCCCACAACUAGAUUGAUAUUUCCUCAAAGUACUGCCACAGUAUCAUGUGCUUGUGCCCUCUCUGUCGGAUUAAAGCCUUGAAGAUUCAUAUCUUUAGCUCUUUGGACACAAAGGAGAAGGAAAAAGGGGAGAAGGAAGAAAUCCGCUGUCUCACUGAGGUUCUUGUAAAACACAGUUUCUUGUGAAGUUGUCAGGUCUGCAAAUUUCUCCUGUUUAAUGAACAUCAGCUGGAGCCCCUGAGCCCCUUCACUUUCAGGCCAUAAUCCCACCUCCAAACAUGACUGUGGCCAUCUGUGCCUUUACUUAACAUUACCAUUUGGGUUUAGAUGGUUUGGGAGACGAGCAAGUAGCUUUACUGUUGGUUUUGGUUUUGUUUUAUUUUUUUUCUGGUAAACAGGAAACUGAGGAACAGUUUAUAUAUCUGAGGAAGAGUUAAAAUAAUCCAUGGAUUAUUGUCAUACUGUUUUGACAAUCACUGUUCAAUAUACUCUGACAGUUUAAAAGACUUAACUUAGUGAUCUCCUCAUGCAAUUAGCCACCCAUGAUGGAAUACUCAAACAGAUUCUUAAUAUGCUUCAACAGCACUUUGCUCACUAGGAGAAACUAUUUUGUAUAUUUUUCCUUCAGUGCACUAGAUACAAACAAAUCACUUUUCUUUCAGCAGAAGACAUAUGUCCGUGUCCCUCCCAGCUAUGGGUCCUUCUGAGGGCACUGCCAAAGAGAAAUCCUGACUUCUGUACCUCUUCCUCUGUGCCUGGGCCAGUCACAUGUUCCUUGAGAAUAAAAUCUGGCCCAUGUCCUUUGAUUUUCAUAGUUCUCAGUUCCCCAACACAGUGCACUGGGUUUGUUUUUGUUUUGGUGAGUUGUUUUUUGUUUUGGUGUUGUGAUUUGGUUUUUGGUGGGGGGGUUUUUUGGUGGGGUUUUUUUGUUUGUUUUUUGUUUUUUGGUUUUUUUGUUGUGUGGGUUUUGUGGGGAUUUUGCGUUUGGUUUUGGUUUGGGUUUGUUUUGUUUUGUUUUUGUAAUUUGUUUGUUUUUGAGAGGUGUUAAUAAAAUGCAAUUGAAAAUUCUUGAUUGCAGUGGUAGCCCAACAGCAAAAGCAGCAGAUCGAUAAAGCCUGACUACAGAUUCUUUUGUCAGACUUGUUUCUAUCUAUCUUAUGUUAUUUUUUAAAUUUUGAAUUUAUAAUUAUCAUAACGUUUAACACAAUCUUCUGUAUGGGAAUGUAAGGAAGGAUUUGGGAGCUUCAUGACCAAGCUUCUGUAGCCUGCUGAAGAGACCAUAGGGCAAAGACAAAGAGUCUUACAUCACAAGGAGAGCUAAAUCUAUUCUGUUUUUAAAGGAUGACAUUUCCUUUGAGACUCACAUGCCAUGUCCUGCAGCAUUUUGACACUGCUAGAAUGAGAAAGUUAAGCUGACUAAAAGCAAAAUGUUAAACUUAUUACUCUAUUGUUAAAUAUAUUGCUCAAUGCCUGCUCUGUUCUCAUUCUGCAUGAGACCUCAAAAGUGGACUUAACAGCUUGUAAAAAAAUAUAGCUUUUUAAAGAAACCCUUUCAGUCUGGCGAUCUGAAUAUGAGACUAAAAGGACAAUAUAUUACCCUUCUAAACUGAAUUUUAAUGUCACCAUUCCCUUUGUAAAUGGUACUGUAAUUAUACUGCAGACAUGGAGCUGUUCAGAGAGUGUCUUGGGAGUCCCCGCUGAAUGUCUUCCUUGUCUGUGAUUUUCCUGUAAAUCCUAUAGCAUUCUGGCUGAGUUUAUAUUCACUCUUUACCACGGUUUUCUACUGCUUGAAAAGUUCAGGGCAAUUCCAGUUUUUAAACAUCUGUUCAGUUUCCUGAUUGCACACACAAACAUGGAGAUAAAUAGGAUUUUGAGAUGUGCUGCUGGGGCUCAAAAGAAAGUUCACCUCUAACUGUCCUUCUGAACAAUUAACCAAAUCCCUGAAAGUUUAAAGUUUCAUCUCAGAUUGCUAUUUUUGAUCUUUUGAAGCUCUGUGUGAAGGCAGAGGGGCAGAGAAAGCCCUGUGCCUUCCAGAUUUUUAAAUGCUUUUUACCACCUCCAACUGGUUUUCUCAAAGGUGGUAGGAUCUCAGACACAGGAACAUGCACAAAAUUGAUCAGAGUCGUAGUUAUGGCCACAGCCAUUGGAAGAUCUUUGAAGGAUCAGUUCAGGGUCUUAAAUCUACGUUUAAUUCAUUGCUUCAGGUCGACAAUACUCAUGCCAAAGUUGCUUUAAGUACCUUGAAACUAAGCACAAUGUAACUUGAAAACUGCUUUUGUGCUUUUACAAAGCCCAGAGCAGGAGCUGCAAGGUGUAAGACCCAAGCAGCUAUCACUGUAGACCUUCCUAAUGUCCCUCUCUCAACCCACUGUCUCUGUAGGAUGGCUGAGCCCACUCCCAUGCUGGGAGUGUAUGCUGAGUGUGUGUGUUUCGAACUCUCUCCUGGGUGGUCAACCUACUGGGGCCUUGCACUGCCAGGGUGGGAUAGGAGAGAGUCUCGAUAAGACAGAGCCUUUUCAGAUUUUGAAUGUCCUACUUCCAUACUUUAUUGGGUGGAUAAACAUGAUCAGUUUACAGAAAAGUUCAUCCAGAACAGUAAUGUUUUUAUAUUCAGUUUUAGAUGUAACUGCUAUUGAUGAACAAUUAGACAAAAGUUUAAUUCUUAGGCAAGACCUAGGCAUGAAGCCAUUCUUAAGAAUAGCUUGAAGUCUUUCUGAUAAUAUUUAUUUUAAAGUUCAAAACAGAGUUGGAAGUGAAACUAAUGGGCACUUCACAAAUCAUGUAGUCAGAUAUUAGAUACCUCACAUAUUUAAUGUCAGCAAUGUGUUUUAAAUAUCUAUCUGUAGAUGCAGAAUUAUCUUCAUGGGACUAUUUUGUUUAUAUGAAAUUGAAAGGCAUUGUGAUAACUGCAUAGUCUGAAUAAUAUGAAUCGGUUUGGAAAAUUAAAAUACCAGCUUAUUACAAGGCAGUAAAAUGUAUUAUUUCAUCUGAAAAUAUCAUCCCUGUAUGCACAUUGCAGAGGCUGAUGACUAAUAUUAAAUACACAACAUAUAGGUUGGUAAGAACAACAGGGAAAGAAAAUAAAAAUAAACCUAUCAAUCCUACAAAUGGUUUCCCUUAUUUGCCAUAUAGCUCUGGAAUCACUUUUUAAUCUAGAUUUUGAAAGCUCAAAUAAAACUAAGAUAGUAGAGAGAAAUUAUCCAAGCUAAGUCAGCCACUUAGAGCACACAGUUUUAUUAGUUUGUGAAUAAGUGGUGCUACUCUCUAAAAAAGCCUGAACCUACAUGGGAAUAGCGCCUGUGUUAGGAUGAUACCUGCUUCACCUGCUGCUUCCAGAGGGCAUGGGCCUGCAGCAGAUACCUUUAACUCCAGUAGUGCUGGUAUUCCUUUAUUACAUUGUCAAAAGGGAUAUUUAAAUGAUAAAUGCACCAGCAAAUUCCUGGCUAUUACCAGAGAGUAAUUUGAAUUAAAAAAAAAAAAAAAAGCAAAACCCAACAAGAAGAAACCAAACCAAA